AUGGUCAGCACACGUUCAGCAGUUCAGCAAUUGUUUCCGUUUGAUCCAGAACCUGAGCAAUCUUUAAGGAGGAGACGCAGGGAGCAAAAUUUGCUGUGGGUUCCUUCACUGCAAGGGACUUUUCUGCAGUCUUUAUAUUCUGAGGACCUGCACAGUACAGAAACAAUGGCUUUUGUUAUUUUAGAGGCUGGUGAUCUUUUGGGUAAUUCUUUAACAGCUCAUGCCACUAACAUACCAGGUUGCAUUACAUAUCCAGCAGUGGAAGAAGGGUCUACAUUCGAAAUCAAGCAUCACAUGUUGAGUAUUCUACCUACAUUUCAUGGGUUAUCAACCAAUGAUCCUAACAUGCACAUUGCAGAAUUUUUAAUGGGAUGCAAGAAUAUUUUGGUGAAAGGAUUCUCAACUGAAUCUAUUAAGCUUCGUCUAUUUCCUUACACAUUGAAAGAUCAAGCAAGGAGAUGGCUCCUCACACUUCCAUUUGGAAGCAUUGGCACUUGGAACCAACUCAGUGAAAAAUUCUUAAACAAGUAUUAUCCAGCUUCAAAGACUCUCGACAUGAGAACUCAAAUUUUAUCUUUUGCCCAAAAACCAAAUGAAGAGUUUCAUGAGGCAUGGGAACGGUUUAAAGAGUUGAAUAGAAAAUGUCCACAUUCUGGUAUUAGCAGUACGGAUCAAGUGCAUAUAUUUUUCAGAGGGUUAAAUAUGACAACAAAAACUCUUGUCAACGCUUCAUGCGGAGGAUCAUACAAGGAUAAAAAUGCACAAGAGGCUUGUUUAUUAUUUGAAAAAAUGGCAGCAGAUACACAGCAAUGGGCAGUUGAGCAGCCACAAUCAAGUCAAGAAUUCCAAAAUCUGCAGGCAACAGUGAAAAACAUAGAAAAACAAAUGGGGCAGAUUGCAUUCCAAGUUUCAGAAAGAGCACCAGGUACAUUUCCUAGCCAAACGGAACAUAAUCCAAGGGGAGGCGCAGAUUGUAAGGCAGUUCGAGUUCUACGUUCGGGUAAAAGUUAUGACAAUAGAGGUGAAAUUUGUGUUGGAAAUUCGCAGGCAACAUCACAGCCACAAACAGAUUCAGGAAAUUUUGCAAAAUCUGAUAUUGUUACAGAUUCUACAGAGUCUAUGGGCAGAUAUGAAAAUAGUGCAAAAAUUGUUGCAGAAACUGCAGAACGUGUUUAUGUGCCUCCAAUGCCUUAUCCCGAAAGGUUGAAGCCCACAGUUAAAGAUCAACAAUUGACAGAUUUUAUGAAGACGUUGGCCAAAGUUCAGAUCAAUCUCCCAUUGAUUGAUGCAAUUAAGAACAUUCCAUCUUAUGCCAAGUUUUUAAAGGAUGUUUGCACAAAGAAAAAGAAGCUCGUGGAUUUUGAAAAAGUUAUUCUUACAGAACAGUGCAGCGCAGUUUUAUUACACAAACUGCCUCCAAAGAAACAAGACCCAGGGAGUUUUACAAUUUCAUGCACAAUUGGAAAUUCUAAUUUUGAACGUGCUUUAAUUGAUUUUGGUGCAAGUAUUAAUUUAAUGCCUUUUUCUGUUUUUCAGAGACUAGGACAAGGAGAAAUCAAGCCUACAUCAGUUAUUCUACAACUGGCGGACCGUUCAGUUGCUUACCCUAGGGGAAUUAUUGAAGACCUCAUUAUUAAAGUGGAUAAUCACUACCUUCCUGCAGAUUUUGUGGUUCUAGACAUUGACGAAGACCUUCAAACACCUAUCAUUUUGGGGAGACCGUUUAUGGCAACCGCUAGAACUCUAAUUGAUGUGGAAGCUGGAACAUUGACUUUACGAGUUCAAGACCAAUCUGUGGUGUUUAAUUUGUUUGAGGCAGCAAAACGUCCUACUGAACAGCAAGAAUGUAUGCGCAUUGACGUGGUAGACAGUAUGGUCCAAGACAAUUUUUAUGCUAGUUCAAAUACAGGUCAAUCUGAUAAACCGUUUGUUGGGAAAAAGCGAAAAUUGCAGUUCAAUAAGCUAGAGGAAAUUCGUCAAGGUGCUUAUAAUAGUUCUCGCAUCUAUAAGGAAAGAACUAAGGCAUUUCAUGACAGUCAAAUUUUACGGAAGGAAUUUCAGCCAGGGCAAAAGAAGGCUGGUGGUCAAAUCACUAGUGAUUUACCUUGUAAGGAGGCUGUUAAGAAGCAGGGUUUGGGUUGCUUGAGCCGAUUCGAGGACCAAAUUGAAAGGAUUGUACUUUGUCCAGCAAUCACGAUUCGUCUGCGAAGCCACGAUACAAUCAAGAGCGGAGCUAACUUAAUGUUGCAAGUUACGGCCAAGAGAGCUAAAUAG